AUGAACUGCAUCUCAGAUUUCUUCACCUACGAGACCACCAAGUCGGUGGUCGUGAAGAGCUGGACCAUUGGGAUCAUCAACCGAGCGGUUCAGCUUCUCAUCAUCUCCUACUUCGUGGGGUGGGUUUUCCUGCACGAGAAGGCAUACCAGGUGCGGGAUACGGCCAUCGAAUCCUCGGUGGUGACCAAGGUCAAGGGCUUCGGACGCUAUGCCAACCGAGUCAUGGACGUAUCUGACUAUGUGACACCCCCCCAGGGCACCUCUGUCUUCGUCAUCAUCACCAAGAUGAUCGUCACGGAAAACCAGAUGCAAGGCUUCUGCCCAGAGAGCGAGGAGAAGUUCCGCUGUGUGUCAGACAGCCAGUGUGGGCCUGAGCGCUUCCCAGGGGGAGGGAUCCUCACCGGCCGCUGCGUCAACUACAGCUCUGCCCUGCGGACCUGCGAGAUCCAGGGCUGGUGCCCGGCGGAGGUGGACACGGUGGAGACGCCUGUCAUGAUGGAAGCCGAGAACUUCACUAUUUUCAUCAAGAACAGCAUCCGUUUCCCCCUCUUCAACUUCGAGAAAGGGAACCUCCUCCCCGACCUGACGGCCGCAGACGUGAAGACCUGCCGCUUCCACCCCGACAGAGCCCCCUUCUGCCCCAUCCUGCGGGUGGGCGACGUGGUCAAGUUCGCGGGGCAGGAUUUUGCCAAGCUGGCCCAAACGGGCGGAGUCCUGGGCAUUAAGAUCGGCUGGGUGUGUGAUCUGGACAAGGCCUGGGACCAGUGCAUCCCCAGAUACUCCUUCACCCGGCUGGACGGCGUUUCGCAGAAGAGCAGUGUCUCCCCGGGCUACAAUUUCAGGUUCGCCAAGUACUACAAGACGGACAACGGCAGUGAGUAUCGCACCCUGCUGAAGGCUUUCGGCAUCCGCUUCGACGUGCUGGUGUACGGCGACGCUGGCAAGUUCAACAUCAUCCCCACCAUCAUCAGCUCCGUGGCGGCCUUCACCUCGGUGGGAGUGGGCACCGUCCUCUGCGACAUCAUCCUGCUGAACUUCCUCAAGGGGGCCGACCAGUACAAGGCCAGGAAGUUCGAGGAGGUGAGCGAGACCACACUGAGGGUCUCCGCCUCUGCCCACCCGGCGGACACUGGCGACCAGACCACGGAGGAGAAGCAGUCCACGGACUCGGGCGCCUACUCUAUCGGCCACUAG